AUGAGUCUCUUGCGAUCCAGCGUGUGCAGAGCAUGCCGGCGCUCACAACAGAUCCGUUGGCAUAGAGGCUUUGCGACAGCCAGCAGUGGCAUCUCCCAGGAUAACCGUGUUAAGCUGGUGGAGGUCGGCCCUCGAGAUGGACUGCAAAACGAGAAGAUGUCAAUUCCUCUGGAAACAAAGAUUGAGCUUAUCGAGCGGUUAGCUCGAACAGGCGUCUCUACUAUCGAAGCCGGUUCUUUUGUUGCUCCGAAGUGGGUUCCUCAGAUGAGCAAUUCUAGCGAGAUCCUUCAGCAUAUCCUCAACGGAAAGGUUUCCUCUCCUGGUCCGAUCUCAUACUCUUUCCUUGCCCCCAACAAUAAAGGCUUCAAGUCUGCCGCGGACAUUCUCGCUGCCAACACCGGCAGGUUUGCAACGCAACUGGAGCCAGCAGCUACAGAGGAUGAGGCGAAGAAGCCAAACAUCGAGGUUGCAGUGUUUGCUGCUGCCACCGAGAGCUUCACACGGAAGAAUCUCAAUUGCGAUAUCAAGACUUCGCUAGAGCGUUUCAAGGAGGUGAUUCGAGAUUCUAAGGGUAUGGGUCUCCGUGUUCGAGCCUACAUCUCUGUGGUCCUGGGAUGCCCUUUUGAAGGAUUUGAUGUCGACCCUCACCAGGUAGCAGAGAUUGCUACGGAUCUUCUGGAGGCGGGAGCUGAUGAGAUCUCUCUUGGUGACACUACAGGCAUGGGUACAGCCCCACGAACCGCAGCUCUUCUUCAGUGCAUGUCAGCGGCAGGCAUCCGAACUGAGGAUAUUGCCAUGCACUUCCACGACACCUACGGCCAAGCUCUAGUGAACACUGCUGUUUCUCUGGAGCACGGGAUUCGAACGUUUGAUAGCAGCGUUGGUGGUCUGGGUGGCUGCCCUUACAGUCCUGGUGCGACUGGCAACGUCUCAACAGAGAACAUGGUUUAUUUCAUGGAGACUCUAGGUAUGGAUACAGGUAUCAACCUAGAUGCCAUGUCUGAUAUUGGAGCAUGGAUCACAAGGGAGCUUGGCAAGGAGAAUGGAAGCACAGUCGGCAAGGCAGUUCUGGGAGCUCGAACCCGAGCUAUAGAAAACGCAGCUAGGGAAGCUAUCAAGGCUAAAACCCAAGGCAACUAG